AUGGUUUGGGAUAGGACCUACUCGAGCUUUCCUGCACCCGAUCCAGAUCCUCCGCUAGAGCUCGAUCCCGAGGAGGAGGCCCCUUCAGACUGGGAGCCAGAUGCUCCACCGUCCGAGGCUGUGCUAACUCCUCCGGCUCCAUUGGAGCCUGCACCGCCCGAGGCGCCACCUGCACCACCGGAGGCACUACCAGCACCCGAGGCGCCUCCUGCACCGGAAGCUCCUGAGACGCCGCCAGCAGCUCCUGAAGCACCGGCUGCGCCCGACGAAGCCACUCCGCUGGCUCCACCAACUGCUCCACUGGCAGCUCCGCCAGCAGCAGAGGUGACUUGGGAGGCACCUCCGGCAGCUCCAGAGGCAGCAGCACUCUCACCGGCAGCGGCAGCGGUUUGUGACAAAGCAGCAAGAACUAAAACUGGUGUCACUGUUGAAAAUUUCAUAAUAAAGAUGCUAUUUGUAAAGAUGAAAGCUACGAAAUCAAGGUUGUUAUAUAUCCCAAGCAGGAUUUUGUGGCUCAAGUUACGUUUGCUAAUUAUGGAACGGAAGGCACACCCAAUGCAGGACAAACUCUUCUUAGUUUGGUGGCACACUGCAAUUUCACUUAAACAAGAGCACUGA